GUUCGAUUCUCUCAAGAUUCAUACCGUUGGCGACUGUUUGAUUAGGGGAGUUCUGAUACAACAAACACCACCAUGCAGAUUGCCGAGAUCCUCUCCGACCUCACAUCUCUAAGAGCAUGCGGACAUACUGAGGCUCUUGCUCUCGUCAACGUUCACAAAACUGCAGAAUCUACAGCAGAAGAACAGGGCGCUGAAUCGUCCGAGCUUUCCAGGGCAAAAGAGCUAGCCGACCUCCAUUAUACAGUCAAAGUCAAGCAUAUGAAAAAUGGACCUGGAUCAGAUCCUGAAGUAGACGAAGGAUUGCAGCAUGCAAGGGAGGACGUCAACCAAGUGCUGAGGGAAUUAAAAAGUUCCUGAUGCUUACCUUGUUUUCUAUAUGAUGAUACCACGUUCACGAUGAUGCUGUACUCCUGUUUAGCACUUUUGGGUUUUAUAUUCUAUCGCAGGCCCGACCCUUUGAAGGAUAUAUCAAUUGAUAUAUAUAUAUAGAAAAUAUAUUUAUUUAUCUAGCACUCAACCGAAAUCAUUAAUGUUCUAUAUCC